UGCUGGCGUUAACUUUGUGCUUUGACUAGCAUGAUGUUUUAACCAACUCCUUAUAGUGAAAAGCGCCUACAGUGGUACAACUCGAGUGACGUUCAGUGGCCUGUUAAACGCAGUGGAUGGCGUGGCCUCUUCAGAUGCCAGAAUUUUGUUUAUGACCACCAAUUUUGUGGACAGGUUGGACGCCGCACUGAUUCGACCCGGUAGAGUGGAUGUUAAGCAGUACGUCGGCUACUGUUCUGACUGGCAGCUGGAGAAUAUGUUCUGCCGUUUCUACGCAAACUGUGACACGACGAUGGCGAAACGGUUUUGUUCCUUGGUGCGACGCAAGUACCCCAGUGUUAGCAUAAGUGCGGCGCAGAUCCAGGGUUACUUUUUGCAGAACAAAAAUGGACCUGACUUGGCCUUGGAAAACUUAAACAUGCUCGACAAUGAGAUCAAGUGA